AUGUAUAGGAACUUGGCGAUCCUGGCCGUGGCUUCCCUGUUGGCCCUGAGCGCCAUCUCGCCGCCGGAGACCGAGGCCGCCGCCGCCGCCGCGCCCGAGCCCUGUUGUGGUCGCUUCGCUGCCGGGGCGCUCGGCUUUGCUGGGGGUUACCUCGUAGGUCACCACCGCCAUGGAUGCGGAGGGUGUGGAGGAGGAUGUGGAUGGUGCGGAGGAGGAUGGUAUGGGCGCAAGAGGAGGAGUCUCGACGAGGUGAUGGAUGAGGACACCUUGGAGGAGAUGUACUGGAAGAUCGCAUCGAAGGACAGCGACCAGUGCGGCCUCCGCCUGGUGUGCGAGCUGGCGCAGAAGGACCCGCGGGAGCUGGAGGACGACGAGAUCGUGUUCCUGCUGCCUUACAGAGGGCGCGAGGAGAGCGACGAGACCACCGCCUUCGGCAAAUACGACAAGGCGGUGUGGCACGGGCAGGAGGGCAACCCGUGCCACAAGAUCUACCCUCUGUGUGUCUUCCCCAACGCGGAGAUCCUGCUGCACCUCCGGGCCAACGCCUCCCUUGCGUUGGACUGA